CCUAGAUAAAUAAAAUUCUGUUAUUCCAAUCCAAUUCAAAUUGGACUUCUUAGCAACCUUAUUUCUGAGUGAGAAUGGACACAACAAUUGCCUUACCUCUUUCUCCAAAGUCUUCAACGAGUGAAACAACCUCAUCACUGGGGACUCCAGAUGAGGAGGCCCUGGCAAGGCAGUCUUCCAAUAUUGAUGCAACGUUUUUGAGACCAUCUCAUCUAUCUUGUCACGUAGGACUGGAUCCAAUAUCACAGGAGCGGUCUCAUUACAAACCUCAGCCUCUCUUGUGCAAAGAUCCUUUCGUGACGCCUCGCAGUCAGUCAAGCAAUUUGUCGCCAACGGCAUCAUCAUUUGAACCCUUUACAGGAGUGGCAAAGCCCAAACUACUUGAUCAUAUUAGUUCAAUAUCUUCUUUAUUGAGCAAUGAAAUUGGCCUCUCAAGAACUAUUAGUAUCUCGUCGUUUGAUGCUAUUCAGAAAUCAGAAAUCGAGGAAGUCCUCUUGAAAUUGAAACAUGACGGACAUCUUGACGAUGGUGAAACAGCCAUUGAGGUUGUUGGAACGAUGGCAAUAAUACAUUUCUCAGACAUUCGAGAAGCCUGUGCAGCUUAUGUUCAACUUCGACUCACACAGACAAUUUGGACGAUACAGUAUACAGAUAAAAGCUCUCUUUCACCUGCUACUUGGAACGUCAAAGAGCCAGCAAAGCUUGCCCUACUAACAGUCUCAACCGCAGCCACGAACAAGCCCUUCGACCAUUUCCAGAUCUUUCUACGACUUCAAGAUAUUCUACAGAAAUUUGGAGUAAUUUUCGCGAUAAAGAUUGUUAAAUAUUUACCGGGUGCGUACAUGGAAAUGUCGAUUGAGUUCUGUGAUACACGAGCAGCGAGUUCCGCCAUGGAAAGCUCAGACGAUUUAUGGUUUGAUGAAUCUUUUUCCACUACACGCUCCUGGCUUCGUACCGUGCCAACCCCUAUUCCGGAUUCCACAACACCGCAAACCUGCCGAGAGGAAGUGCCUCUAACCUGGACGCCUUGUCCAACUCGCCAGACACGCGACAUGCAGCCAGUGCCUGAUUCUCAUCUUGCCUUAUUUCCUAUCCUUCUACAGCCAACACUAAUUCCAAGGAUACCAUAUUCGAUUGAUUCUAUGCUAGCGGGAGAAUUCCAAGGACAGCUGUCUGCCCAGCCCAGAAUACAACCAGGGCUUUCUUCCAUUGACAACUCAUUUCGACCUCCCCCUUCGCCAACUUUAUCAACGCCCAGCAGCUUCAGCCCUCCAAGAUUUCAGAUUGGCCAACCUAGGGUGGACACUCGUCGCCAGACUCCCGUUCGACCUCACCGGUCUCCAAGUAGCCACUCCGCUAGCCACCACAACUACGUUGAUGUCAAACGUAUACGAGAUGGCAUUGAUGUCCGAACUACAAUUAUGUUAAGAAACAUCCCCAAUAAAGUCGACCAAGCGAUGUUGAAGCGGCUCAUUGAUGAAUCAAGCUGGGGAAAGUAUGAUUUCAUGUAUCUUCGCAUUGAUUUUGCCAAUAAUUGCAAUGUUGGAUACGCGUUUAUCAACUUCGUGGACCCUCUUGACAUCAUUAAUUUUGUACACGCUCGAGGAAACCAGCGGUGGAACUGUUUCAAAAGUGACAAGGUCGCUGAAAUCUCCUAUGCCACAAUCCAGGGCAAGGAUUGCCUGGUUCAAAAGUUCCGGAACAGCUCGGUGAUGCUCGAGGCGGCGCACUACCGACCAAAGUUAUUUUUUACGUCGAACGGGCCAUUGCCUGAAAUGGCUGGACAAGAAGAGCACUUUCCUGGUCCAGAUAACCAAUCCAAAAUGAAGCGAAGCUGCGAAAACGCAGAACAUGUUGGAUUGUUCACUCCCAAUGCUGGGCAGCAGUAUCGUGAUGAACAGAGACGACGACGCUCCCAAUAUGACCGCGGAACCAGGCUCGCCGCGUUGGAGGAAUAUGACUUUACAAACUCGGUCCAGCAACUCUGUCUCGACCCAAAAUAG